AUGGUGUUUCUAACUAUUGAAGAACACUUAGGAAUUGGUUUAGCCUCAUCAGCUCUUGGUUUCUUCUUCUUGACCUCUUGGGUAAUUGGAACUUUUAUUAAGCACAGGGACACUCCCAUUGUUAAAGCCAACAAUCGGUCCCUCACCUACACCCUCCUUAUCUCUCUUCAGCUCUGUUUUCUCUCCUCUUUGUUCUUCCUCAGCCAACCUGGUAAAGUGACCUGCCUUCUCCGGCAAUCAACUUUUGGAAUCACAUUCUCAGUGGCUAUUUCUAGUGUGCUGUCCAAAACCAUCAUUGUGGUUGUUGCUUUCAUGGCCACUAAACCAGGGUCUCAGAUGAGGAGAUGGGUAGGGAAAAGAUUGGCCUUUUCUACUGUCUUUUCCUGCUCCUUUUUCCAAGUAUGUAUUUGUAUUAUUUGGUUGUCAACAUCUUCACCAUUCCCUGAGUUAGACAUGCACUCACAGCUCCAAGAAAUGAUUUUACAAUGCAAUGAGGGGUCAGCUUUCUUCUUUUAUUGUGUCUUGGGCUACAUGGGUGUCUUGACUAUUGCCAGCUUUAUUGUGGCUUUUCUUGCCCGUAAAUUACCUGACAGCUUUAAUGAAGCCAAGUUCAUC